ACGGAACCACAGUUCUGCGCAGUGUACUGUGACGUGAGGUCAGGCGGGAAACGGACUUGUCCUUCGUCUUUUGUAUUAUUUCUGUUUUGGAUAUUUUGGGGAUCGUUGCAAGAUUAAUUUUAUUAAAAUGGGUAUCGUAUCGCGAAGAAGAAUAAGUCGUUUUCGGUCACGGCGCUACAAGCAGUACUUGUACCGACAUCAGCUGAAGUUAUUGUUUGUGGUUCUCUGUAUUAGAUUAAAAGAGGAUGAGCGCUGUGUCGGCAAGAGAUUGUGGAUGCACCCAAUACUUUGCAGACGAAAGGAACAUGGAGAAUACUACAGAUUGGUUAGGGAGAUGAGAAUGGAAAGAGAAGCCUAUUUUAAACAGUACUUCCACAUGACACCAUCUACAUUUGACCGUCUUUUGAAUAUGAUAGAGAGCAAGAUUGUGAAACAAACUACAAAUAUGCGUGAACCAAUUCCGCCUGAGGAACGACUUGCAGUCACUUUGAGAUAUUUGGUGACGGGGGAUUCAUAUCAGACCAUCGGGUUCUCUUACAGGAUUCAUAAAACGACCAUAUCGCGAAUUAUUCCAGAAACCUGCGCUGCAAUAUGGGAUUCCCUGCAGCCUGUGUUCAUGGCAGUCCCAAGUGAAAAUCAGUGGAAGAUUAUUGCAAACGAUUUUAAACAAUUAUGGCAAUUUCCAAACUGUGUUGGAAGUAUUGAUGGGAAACAUGUUGUCAUACAAGCUCCUGCAAACAGUGGUUCAUCAUUUUUCAACUAUAAAAAAACUUUCAGUCUGGUACUGCUUGCAGUUUCAGACGCAAAGUACAGAUUUAUUUACGUGGAUGUUGGAGCGUAUGGACGGCUGAGUAAUGGGAAUGUUUUUGCUUCAUCAUCUUUUGGAAAAAACUCCUGGAUGGUUCAUUAG